AUGAGCCUGACGGACUACGACGCCGGAUAUGGCACAAGGCGAAAGCGUGACAUUGAGAUGCAACUAGUUUAUCGGCUCUCUGGGUCUCUGCUGAGAAGGAACCUUGCUGUCACUUGUCUGAAGUUGUCGCUCACGAGGGCCAUGGAGUGGACGCCCCAAGAACAACCUCUUGUUUGGUUGGGCGAAGCCAGACUACACAGGCUCGGCUGUCUGACUGGGCACACGGCUGCCAAUCACGAUGGAACAGCAAAUGGAAGAGUCGAAACGGUCGAAGGAAAAAAGAGUUCAGACUCCAGAGAACCACUUAAUGGCCCCUCUUAG